AUGGUUUUGCAGUCUUGUAUUGAGGCCAACAGCGAGCUGUCUGACAUCAAGGACAACUUGCUGGAUGCAGUGGAUAAAGUCAUCCUGGAGGUGACCCAGUACAGGGAUGGACUCAACUCCUACUCUAGCCUGUGGGUGGAAGACCGCCAAGAGUACAUGAACAUGUUCCUCAAGUACAACCACAGGCCAACCCAGGAGGAGAUCUCACUGGCCGGUGAUGAGGGCAUCCCAGAGUCCCCGCCCUCGUUGAUUCAGUUCAAAGAAAUGGUA